AUGUCUCUCUACUAUGAGACGGCAGAUAUCCUAAUGCCGGCCGGUCCUGAGGCUGGAACAACGACACAGAGGUCAAGCAGCGGCAGCUUGAAGUCGAGAAUUUUCACCAAGAAGGGCCUCAAAUCACCAGCCGCCCAGGUCUUUGCACUGGCUACUGAAACAUGCAAAUGGAGCGAAGUCCUGAAAGAAGUCAUUGACAACGCGGAUCUACUGCGUCAUGAGCGAAAGCUCACCCCGGUUCUAGCAUUGCUCCUGGUUCAUGACUUCCUCCUUUCCAAGGGCGGAAUUACGCUGCCCCAGUCCCAUGGACUGAGGCAAGCUAUUGAGCGGCACAAGGCCAGGCUCACUUCAGAACUCACACGGGCUCGGCUGCGGAGGAAGAUGGCCUCACUCGAUGCUUUGAGGGUGCAGAUCAAGAGAGACGGCGAUCCCGAAGGUCGCCAUCCGCGAUGGGUUCGUGUCAAUGCUCUGAAAACGGACAUCGAGGAACAGCUCGAGUCCACGUUCAAAGACUUCGAGCGUGUGCUUUCCAUUGCCGCCGUGACCGCCACGGGCCCUUCGAACAAGUCCAUUUACCUCGACGACACCGUUCCCGGUCUCGUAGCGGUCUCACCAGGCAUCGACCUCACCAAAACGAAGGCCUACAAAGCGGGCCAAAUCAUCCUGCAGGACAAGGCAUCGUGCUUUCCUGCCUACCUCCUGGAUCCGCAUGCCGAAGACGGCGACGUGAUUGAUUCCUGCGCAGCCCCCGGGAACAAGACCACACACUUGGCAGCUAUCACCCACUCACAUAGGCCGGAGGAAUCUGCCCCGCGGCAGACCAUCUUUGCAUUCGAGAGGGACGAGAGGCGCGCAAAGACGCUGGAGAAAAUGGUCAAAACUGCAGGCAGCGAAGGGAUGACGACUAUCGGUCUCGGUCAAGACUUUCUCGAAGUAGACCCGCAAGGCCCUCUUUACAGGAACGUCGGCGCCCUUCUACUCGACCCUAGUUGCUCGGGCAGCGGCAUCGUCGGGCGGGACGUAACCCCAGAGCUACAUUUGCCCGGAAGACCCCCGCCACCCGGUGCCAAAGGUGCCCCCAAGAAGAAACUGAAACUUCCCAAGCCAGACGGCAAAGACCGCAAGCGCAAGCGGGACGCCGACGACGAAGCGAAACCUGUCCUCAUCGACGACGACGGGAACGCCACUGUGGUCUCCUCGGAGCAAGAUUUGCAGAAACGCCUCCAAUCGUUAUCGUCCUUCCAGCUCACCUUGCUCCUCCACGCGAUGAAGUUCCCUUCGGCGCGGAAAAUCACUUAUUCGACAUGCUCCGUCCAUGCGGAGGAGAAUGAGCAGGUGGUCGUCAAGGCCUUGCGUUCCGAAGUGGCCCGCGAGGCCGGGUGGCGGAUCCUCCCCCGGGCCAAACAGGUCCGGGGCAUGCGGGAGUGGCCUGUUCGCGGCGUGCUCGAAGCCUCUGAUGGUGACCAGGAAGUUGCGGAAGCCUGUGUCAGAGCCAAGCAGGGCGAUGGUCGGGGUGUCAUGGGAUUCUUCGUGGCGGCCUUUGAGAGGGACGUGGUGCCGCCGGCGCCGGCGGAGGGCGAGUCGAAGCUCUUUGCCAGCGAGGACGGACCGUAUCUGCGGGAUGACGAAGGUAUGAUGGUGCGAGACGUGACGGGGAUGCCGGUGCUUAAAUCGACGGGGCGGCCUGUAGCCCUACCAGGGGCGAUGCAUUUGAACGCUCUUGAGGGACAGCAAGGUGAAGGGCACGAGCACGACGAGUCGAGCGACGAUCAUGACUAUGAGGACGAGAGUCCCUCGAAAGCGAGCUCGGAUUCUGAGGGGAGCGAGGGUGACGAGUGGGGGGGUAUCGACGAUCGAAAAAACGAGAAGUAA